AUGCGCAUCACAGCCAUCAUUCCCUUUCUGGCGCUAGCCUCCCACCCACUCACAGCAUGUGCUCACCGUCUAACAGGUAAAUUUGUGCUGGGAGCUGGACCAAUACGUCGCGAUACCGGUAAUCAGUACUGCUGUGUCGGUGUCGAUGGCCCUGGCACCGCCGCCUACAAAUACGUGGAGCAGUACAAAGACCCGAGUCCUGCCGUUGGGACCAAUUGCCGCAGCCCCAAGAGUGGGCUAUGCGAUGACGGUGCACCCAACCUUGUCUCCUGCACGGACAGCUUUGGCGUAUGA